AUCUUAUUAUCUUAUUAAUAUACAUGUCAAUCAUCAAUGGUGCAACAUUACUGUGCCUAUCUUAUGGGCAAAUUCUAAUUUCGCUAAAAAAGAGGUCAUCGAAGCAUUCCUUACAAACUUAAAAACAGAUGAGCAAGAACAAAUAGUAUUCUUUGGCAUUAACAUUCCAUCAAAAAAGUCCCUAUUCGAUCAUUAG